CUACUCCAGUUUCAAAUUGGUCUGUGCACAUGUGCAGCCCCUGAGAGUGAGCCUGGGUGUCUUGGUAUCUGAAAGAGGAAGCUAUGGGUCUCUCGACAGUGUCUGGAGAGGACAGGUUCUUCUCUCUCUCUCUCCUUUGCUUCCCAGCAAUAGUUACAGACUGGUCCCUAGUAUAUCUGAGCACUGCAAGCUAACACCUGAUCCCUCCACCCUUGUUUCUGCACCUAUUGCUUUACCAGCAGGAAGUAGGACGUGGUUUGGGGCUUUUUAUUCUCGGCCUUGCUAGCCUUUUCGAUACUUCAGGGCUUCGUCUCAGUCUGACAAGGCAAGCAAGCAGCAGCUUCCUGUGCAAAGGUGAGGAGACAGAGAGGUCGAGCGCAGACAGGAGGAACGGCUCCACAGCAGACCUGCCCCUCUCCUCUCCUCUCCUGCCAGAAUUGCUGGCUGGCGGCUGGACAUGCACUGAGCGAAGAUCCCCCCCAGACCCUCUCCCUUAUUCCCAUUCUCCUCCCGGUUUGGCAGCCAGCACCUUCAUCCAUCAUCAAUCCCAUUGUCCUGUCCCCGUGGACCCCUUCACCUGGAGCGCCGGGUGCCUGGAGCUAGAAGUACUCAGCGGGGUUCAGCGGGUCUCUACCUUGGUCUCCCCAGCCCUGCCUGUGCUGCAGGCUCCCUGAGAGGUGAGGAUGGUCCCUUCUCCUGCGGGCAGAGGCAGACCUCGAGUGUGUCCUCAGUACAGAUGAAUCCCUACUUGCUGCUCCUGUGCCACCUCUGGCUGCUCAGCCUCACACCUCUCUUGCUGGCAUCGGUCUCUACGCAAGGUACCUCCAGUCUUGCUUGUUGGUAUGACUCGCGGGCAGCAAUCUUUUGCGACUGGACCCCAGGCAGGGACCUUGCCGAUGCACCGUGCCAGCUGGAGAUUUCAUCGAAGCUACCAUUUUUUGCAAGGUCACUUUUCUCACCGGAAAAAUACAAGGAACAUUGUGAAUUACUUAAGGCAGAACACACAACAGAACUGAGGAGAUGCAUCAAGACCUUCAGCAAAAACAGUAACUCUCAAUCCUUCACUACUGCAGACCGUCUUAACAUGUCUGUACAUUGCCGGCUUGGAGAGAAUGGGUCUACACCUGCACGACUGGAAGACUUCAGUCCACUUGCAAACAUAAAACUGAGACCUCCAGGAAAUCUUCAACUGGUUAACAAAGCUAAAAACAGCUACAACUUAUCAUGGAGCCUGAAUAUUUCCUCUCACUACUUGGAUGGGGAGCGGCAAUACCAAGUGCGGUACCGAACCACAAGUCAGUCCUGGGAGAAAGCCAAGACCCUCUGCAUUAAGCAGGACCAGAUGUGGGUGGUAUUUGAGGGACUGUCCCCUAACCUGAAAUAUGAGGCAGCUGUCCGUGCAAAGCCAAGUAACUCAAGUGCCUACAAAGGCGUGUGGAGUGACUGGAGCAAGACAAUACUGUGGAAGACAGACGCUGAUGAAACAUCCCGGCCAGUUCUGCCAGCUCUUAUAGUGAGCACAUGCAUCUUCGUGAUCAUUGGGACUGCCUUCCUUAUUAACUUACGGACCCUGAAAUGGUUUAAGAAGAUUCUGAAGAUUCACAUCCCAGACCCCAAGAAAUUCUUUCCCCCGCUCGUCUCUGUUCACGGAGGUGACAUUCAGAAAUGGCUCUCCUCCCCAUUCUCCUCAUCUUCGUACUGUGUGAACAGCAUAACCCCAGAAAUUUCUGUGCUGGAGGUGAUGCAGAAGAAUGACCAGGAAGCCCAGCUUCUGCUUUCCAAGGGACCCCUGACUCCUGAACCUCCCGCAGAAACCAGUGGGCACUCUGUGUCCAGCUGCUUCACCAACCAAGGCUACUUCUUCUUUCACCUCCCCAACUCCUUUGAGAUUGAGCCCUGUCAGGUCUACUUCACGUACGAGCCUUUCACCCAGGAGGGCAGUGGCAGCGAGGACAGCGAGUCUUACCACGCUCUCCCCUCCCCAGACCUCUGCACGCUGGCAGAGGACAUGCCCAUGUUGUCCCACAACUUCCUUCACUGCUUCAAGGGGAUCCAGGGCUUCCAAAACAGUUCCUUUAUGACAGAGACACAAGGUGAAGCCCAGCGGCCUGUGGCUAUUUCAGCAGCUUUCCCGUCAAGUGAAACCACCCCACCGAAACCAGUUCUGAGGCAGGAUGAAAAGGUGGUUGACAAAGUUCCUUCACAACCUGCUGAGGCCCUGUGCCAGCUGGACAAAGACUUUCCUGACCCACCAGGCCAGCAUGACAGCAAUACCGCCAGUGUGAUGGAGGGGAGUGGGAAGGCAGGCCUUCCGACUGAUCCCGCCGCUCCAGCAGCACAUGUUACCCCUUCCCUUCCUCAACCUACAUCUCUAAGGCAAGCACAGGAUGAGAAUCCCUGCAGAACUGCCUUCCCCAACCAGAUCCCAAACACCGGUGCCUAUCUUUCUCUGAGGGACCUCCAAAGCCAAUACAAUCAUUGCUCUGUCUAGGAUCUGCCUGGGGGAAAUCUACAGAUGGGAAAGGCCUUCUCGGUGUGGAAGGCUAAAUGGACAUUUUUCUAUUCAGAGCAUGAAUGUAGCUUUCAGUAUCAAAGACAUUACGACUGUUCUUUGAUGAGGCUGAAGAACAAGGAUACUCAAGAGGGAUGCAAAACCAGAAAAGGAAUAGGCCGGACAAAGCGUAAAUUCAUGGAUGACUACCAUGGUAUCACUAGUCCCAAGGAUAAAACAUCAGUGAAACAGACCACUGCAAAUGAGAGGACAUUUUGCAUGGAAAACUGGGCUAGUGAUUAGUAAAGCAAUGCAUGGAGAAUAAUAAAGACACCUUAAAGUUGUUAAGUGGCUACCACCUAAUAGAGACAAAGAAAUGGGAUUCUUAGGCGUACAGAACAACAAGGACUCACCUUCAUCACUGAAUCUGUUUCUCUGCUAUUACUGGAUCUGGUAGCAUAGAAGCCCUUUCCCACACUGCUUAGGUGCCAUCCCAAAUCUCAGUAGCUUUUUUUUUUUUUUUUUUUUUUCCUCCCCAGCUCCCUGUAAGAGGCUGUGCUGGCACUUCUGUGCUCUGCAUCUUGGUGUGAUAACAGCACCCAGCUUUGAAGCUGAGCGGCCACAUAUUCCAUUUCCCUUGUUCCAGCCUACAAAUGUCUCAUGGGCGGGAGAAAUGCCCAAAGAGGUGGAUAUGGGAUUUCGUUCAGGCCAGUGAGUGCUGGGGCUGAUGACAAAAUGAAGACAUCUCCUCCUGCCUGACCAAAGGUGUCUUUUUUUUUUUUUUGUCUUUUUUUUUUCUCUAUGUCCCCAUUUGGGGUUUUAAUCAGAGUACAUUCUGAACCGCUUAGACCAGCUUUAGACUCAGAUCUCUAAAGUUAGCUCAGAGCCAGAACUGUGUCAGCUGUCUAAGCAGUGCAGUGUAAAAAGAAAUCCCCAUUAUUGGGUUAAAAAUACUGGGGAAAUCCCCUUCCCCCUCCCCUCCCCCCCACUUUUCCCCCUAGGUCUGAUGAUGGCAGUAAAAAGAAUGCACACAAUUUCCCAUUCUUGCUGCAAUAUUUUUCAUGAAAUCGAAAGCCUCUCUGCCCUGCUGGCAAAAUACAGCUAUUUGACUGUGAUAAGCUGAUUGCAGAAGAGUUCAUCCCACAUCCUGUAUUAGUGGAAAACAUUGCAAUGGUGCUGCCCAUUCCUUCCAUUGCUCAAGGGAAACCAUUGCCUAUUUAGCGGCAAAGAUGUGGUAAAUGAGCCUAGAAAAGUAACUCACAAAUCAGCACCUUUGCUGAAAAGAAAACUUCAAUCCACUGACAAAAAAAUAAGGAUUGCAAAGACUACUUUUUUUUUUUUUUUUUUUUUAUUCUGCAUUUACUGAUCUGGGUUCAGAAACAGCAAAACACCACAGAAGAAAAGUAUUAAGACUAAGCAAAGCAUGCUGCUCUGCUUCCAUCCAUUCCUGCAUUCAACGUCUGUUCUGUCCGUCUGUACUCUUGCUAUAUUUCUGGACUAUUCAGAAGUGGGAAAAUACCAAUCCUGUGCUAAAGAUCUUUCUUCUAAGAGUUUUUACAUCAAAAAAAAAAAAAAAUCAAGGUUGAUACAAAAAAAUCAAUGUUGAUACUUUUGUCAUUUCUUUGAGUAUCACCCGGAGCUGAUUCUUCCCUACCUCUGCCUGUAGAAAUGUGGAUCUUCUGCUUUCUCCUAGUCCCACUCUGUUACCUGACCUUGCAUUGUGCAGCUUGAAUGUCAUUAGAAAUCUCAGCUAUGGGGGCACCCACUGCCUUGGAUUUCACCUCAAAAGAGUUGCUCAAAGGACUUGAGCUUGCCUGCAGCUGAGAGGGCUGGGGCAGCUAUAACCCUCUUCUCAUCAGCUUCUUCACCUGCCUCAAGACGUCAGCUGCUCCGUUGUCUUCAGAAGACAGCAGGCAAAGAAAGCCUCACAGUGUCCCAAAUAAGCAAGCACGAGGCUUGCCCAGCUAUUUGCUGUGCUUUGAGACUCUUUGCAGAUGAACUUCAAAAAGAGACAAUGAAUCCCUUGCCCUGAUGGGCAAAUUGCUAUCUUACAUAGGCCAUGGAUCCUAGUUGCACUGAUGGCUCUCCUGUCCCUAUGUAGAUCUCCAUAAGCUUCUCAAUUAUUCUUGCUGCUAAGAUGAAUAUGAAUAAAAAUAAAACCACCCCUUUUUCCUCUUGGAAAAUAAAAGAAAUACUACGGAA